AUGUACAGUGAGAAACCCUUCAAGUGCGAGUUCGAGGGCUGCGACAGGCGCUUCGCCAACAGCAGCGACAGGAAGAAACACAUGCACGUCCACACCUCGGACAAGCCCUACAUCUGCAAGGUGUGCGACAAAUCCUACACCCACCCCAGCUCACUUAGGAAACACAUGAAGGUGCACGAAUCCCAGGGGUCGGACUCUUCCCCUGCUGCCAGUUCGGGGUACGAGUCCUCAACCCCCCCUGCGGUGGGCUCUGCCGGCAGUAAGGACUCCACUAAAACACCGCCGGCCGCCCUUCAGAGUAACCCUGGCCACAACCCUGGACUGCCCCCCAAUUUUAACGAGUGGUAUGUGUGAAGGCAGCUGCUGCCCUGGCCAGAGACUGGACCAAAUGCGUUGGGAACAAGGGAAAAAGACAAGCGAAGCCAACUGCAGCUCGCUCCCGCAGAAGUGGAGUUUCCGCACCGACGACCGCAUA